GACGUCAUGUGCAGUCAGAUGUCAAAUUUUGUCUCCCAAGUCGGCUCACUUGUUUGCGAAAUUAUAAUCACAUUAGAACUGAACAUAUGACACAAUGGAUAGUAUGCAGGCGCCGCAAGCAUUUUCUGCUGAAAACGUUAACGAAGAUAGUAACGGGGAAAGUCAACAUGACGAUGCACUAUCUCUUGAUAUUAUUGAAAUUGAUGAUACUGAGUUUGAUUUACCAUGUGUGGCAUCGCCACCUACUUUGGAAAGCAUUAUGAAUGAGCCGGAUGACUUGCCGGGUGUUGAGGAAGAUGGAAUGUUUCACGAUCAGGGUGAAACUGCAUCAGUGACCAGUGAUCUAGCAAGUGGGCUUCACACAGAAUCCUCAAGUGACAGGUCAACACCUAAUCGAAACAUACGGCAGAGGAAUAUUCAGUAUCCUGUGCAUGGAUCCGUAUUACGUCAUGUUAUUUUACGUGGCAUAUCGUCACAGAUGUUGUCAGCUGGUGACAGGGUGAACGCUGGUGCACCAAGUGCAAUGGCAGUGUCUGCUCUGGUAGCUAUUGGUACUACUCAUGGGCUUGUGCUAGUCUUUGACCCCCAGCAAGUACUGAAGUGGUGUCUGGGUAACGUCACCUCAUCAGGAGACUUGUAUGGCUCCGUGUCUGCACUGGGAAUGAACAGCGACUGCUCACGACUUCUCGUGGGGCACGCGAAGGGGCAGAUCACCAUGUGGGACCUGGUAGCUGGCAAGCUUCUUAGAGUAAUCACUGAUGCUCACCCUCCCGGUAGUGCUGUGCUGCACCUACAGUUCACAGAUGAUCAUACUGUGGCUGUCUUCAGUGAUAGUGGUGGAUCUGUGUUUGAGCUCAAUUUCAAGCGUUUAAUGGGUGUCAGAAGUAGUGACUCGACCUGUAUUUUCUCUGGAAGUCGCGGUGAGGUGUGCUGCAUUGUGCCACUACAUGGAGGACUUUUGCAAGAUCAUGUACUGGAUGACCUAAGCAUUGUUGCUCUUGCGACCUUAUCCAAAGUCAUUGUCAUCACAAUCCGACCUAAACUUCGAGUUCUGUUUCAUCAUCCUCUAAAGGGUGAUGUGAGUACACUGCCACUCGUGGUAUGGCACUAUGUCGUCAUUCAACAGGGCGGCAAGAGAAGCCUCGAACCGGUGCUGGCCUUUGGCCGGGGAAACAACAUAUACUUUUACCAGGUUGAGUGUCCCACCUCAGACAACGUAACAUUUGUCCUCUUGCAGAAGAUGGUGAUGUCUUAUGUGCUACUCGGCCUAAUGUGGGUGAAUGCUAAGACUAUGCUGGCACUGGAUACGAUGGAGAGGCUGCACGUGAUCGACAUCCGGCGAGAGGAGGAGCUGGAGAUGUUGGACAUCGGUGAUGUGAAGCUAGUCUACGGCAGCAGUCACUUCAAGUCGCUAGCAACCGGUGGCAACGUCAGCCCUGCCAUGGCAAUAGCAGGGGAAAAUGCUUGCUAUCAGUCUGUGGCUUUGUUUCGUGGACAAGUCCUCAUGCUUGGCACAAAGUCGGUUCAUGUGUUUAACAUUCGUACCUGGUUUGAGAGAAUUGACUUCUUAGUGAGACAAGAUAAGCACCAGGAGGCACUAGCACUAACCCUGUCCUUCUAUGAUGACAAGGCUCGUGCUGUGGUAGGACUUACCCGAAACGUCACUCGUAUGAAGGAGCAAGUCAGCAAGAAGUUACUGAGUGUUUUGUACCAGUACGAGGUUUCGGUGAUGAAGAAUGUGCCAGAGAGAGGCCCUGUUCUGUUACUUACAGAGCAUUAUCAGCAAGUGAUCCCAGUCUGCAUUGACUGCUGCCUUGCAAUCAACAGAACCGAUGUCUUGUUUGAUGAGAUCUACGAUCGCAUAUCUCGCGACGGCAUUGCGAAGAUGGUCUUUCUGGAGUGUCUUGAACCUUACAUCAUAGCGGAUCGUUUACGCCAGGUGGCGCCAGCUGUCAUGCAGGAUCUGGUUGAGAACUGCCAGCGCAAGGAUAGAAUUGCAGACUUGGAACAUAUUAUUGUUCAUUUAGACAUUAUGUCUAUGGAUAUAGACCAUAUAGUCAAGUUGUGUUGGAAGCAUAGUCUUUAUGAUGGUAUCAUCUACAUCUUCAACCAAGGCAUGCGUGAUUACAUCUCACCUCUUGAAGAACUGCUCAGUAUCCUCAAUGACCUCUUGUUAUCUAAGAAAGAGGUGACAGACAGUAUCGUCAGGCUUGGAAACAAAAUUCUUGUCUAUCUCAGUUGCUGUCUGGCAGGCAGGGCCUACCCAGCAGGAGAUAUUCCAGAAUUUAUGGUUCUUCAAGUGAAAACAACAGUUCUGAAAACGUUGACAGUACUUCACACUGGGAAGCCGCCUGAAGAUGAGCCUCUAUAUCCGUACCUGAGGACGCUGCUACACUACAAUACUAGAGAGUUUCUAAAUGCAUUAGCCUUGGCAUUUGAGGAGCCAGAGUACAAGUCAGAAAAUGGGCAACAGCAGAAGCAGAGGAUUGUUGACAUACUCCUGCAGAUAAUGGUGGACAACAUAGAGUUUUCACCGACACAGGUUGGAGCUCUGUUCACGUUCCUGGCUCGUCAAAUGGCAAGAGAGGGCAGCACCAUCUAUGUCAGUCGUAUGCUGUUUGAACAGGUUUUAGAGUACCUGUCGAAUUCCACUGAUGAGAGCAGGCAUGAGGAGAGAGAGCAGGCACUUCUUGAGCUGCUUCAUGCUGCAGGCUUGCAGCAGUUUGAUGAGCAUAGGCUGCUACUACUAGCGGAGACUGCCCACUUUUACCGAGUGUGUGAGCUGUUGUACGACAAGAGCCGGCAGUACGACAAGGUUUUGCACUGUUACCUGAAAGAUGAUUCACGACAGCACCAGGCGUUUAACUUUGUGGAGCACGUCGUGACCAGCGUGGCCGCGUACAAGGCCGCCGAGAGAGAUCGCGUACAAGAGGAGGCGUUACAAAACUUUGAGGCGUUUGUGAGCAUCGAUCACCGGCGCGCGGCUCAGCUGCUCGCCACCGUGUUUCCUCAGCAGCUGAUGAACGUGUUGGUGCAGCUCAGCUCGUCUGAGAAGCUGGAAUAUCUGUUCCUGCAAGGGCUCGUGGAGUACAGAGAAAGCCAAGCAAUUGGAAUCAUGAGUAAGGACAAGCUAAAUAUUGGAGAAGAUGUGCAGGAGAAGUACAUUGAGUUGAUGUGCAAGUACAGCCCAGGUGAUGUCUGCAGCUAUAUCAAGUCAUCUGAGGGCUUCACAAUCGAGAAUACGUUGAAGAUAGUUCAACGACAUCAGAUUAUGGAUGCUGCGGCAUACCUGCUUGAAAAGUCAGGAGAUGUUCAGGCUGCCUUCAACAUGCUUCUGAAGAACUUGCAAGAUAAGGUGGAUGCACUCAGCAAAGUGCUACUGUCAGAGCACGAGAGCCAAACAACAGACGUGUCUGUUUCAUGGACUGGCCUACAGGUGGCGCUGCUUGUUGUCAUCCAGCUUUGCCAAAGAACGUCGGGAAAAAUGGAGGAGGUACAGCGGCAGGCUCUUUGGUUUCCAAUUUUGGAUACCAUGAUGAUACCACAAAGACAUCUGAAAAACCAGGUUGACCCAGAACAAUUAGAUUCAUUUAAAGAUCUUACGCGACAUGUGCUGAACAGCAUGAUGGGAUACAUAUCUGUGGCAGCCAUAUUGCAGCGGAUCAUGGAGGAUCCGGCCUAUAACACAGGCAAGCUCGGUGAAAUCAAGGAGCUGGUUCUAGGCAUGCUGAACACUUUCCGCUAUGAGAAGACAUUGCUGAGGGCGACCAACAAUCUCCUGAACCAGGACCUGCAUGGCCAGCUGUCCCGCCUUCAGCGUACAGCCAACCGCGCCUAUGUCACAAACUCUGACUGUUGCGCUCUCUGUCACAAGCCUCUGGCCAACAUCGCUGACGCUGACAUGGUGGUGUUAUUUCGGUGCACACACAGCUAUCACACCCCAUGUCUAAAAUCAAUGGGGUCGUUCUCUCUCGUCCAGGGAGAUGAGUUGUGGGAAUGUUGGCAUUGUAGUAGCAAUGCCAUGAAGCAACUCCCCACCACUAGAGGGCGCAUCAGGUCACCCUCCACUCAGUUGGCUGAUGUUGUGCCAAGCAGAGGAAAGAACGCACCAGAUUCUCAGCAGCUGCAAGCACUUGAACACCUCAGAAAAGCACAGAAGACUGUUUCCAGGCUGGCGAUUCUCAGUGAGCUAGCUAAUCCCAACAGGCAGCCCAAGGUACAGCACUCUCAGAUCACUCAGGGAUCUAGUAUACUGCAGAGAGAGGACUUUCAACUGAAGCUUGCACCACCACAUGUAGAAAAUUGAUAUACUAAACACAGGGAAUAGCUUUAUUCCAAUGAAUGCUAGCUGAGUUGUGUGAGCACGUCCUCUUCUGUGUAUGAUAAUUGAUAUUGUAUGUAAUUGGGUACCGGCAAUUUGAACUAUUGUAAAUAACUGUUGUACGUGAUAUGCGUUGUUAUGUUUGUGUAAGUAGAUCAGAUAUGACAACCAUGUUCUGCUGCUUGCGUGUGGGGUGUGCGCAUGCGCAUGUGCACGUGUCUGUGCGUGUGCAUAUGCGUGCGUGCGUG